GGAGGCCGCUCUCAGGCCUAGCUCGGGACAGGCCCCGCCCUCAGGGUUCUGGGCUGUGGGGAGGGGCUGUUAGACAGCUUGCUGGGUCCCGCCUGCCAGGCGGAAACGACCCCCCGGGGAGGUGGUCGGGAUCCCAGGACCUACAAGCUAUGGGUUACGGCGCCGCCUUAGGGCUACUCCGUCCCCUAAGCUUGGGGGACCAUCCUCUUCUUCCCUUUUGGCCUCAGGAGAUGGCUGCUCUGUCACCUCAGCCAGGACAGGGCCUCUGCCUACCUGCAUUCUCUUGAGGUGGCCGCCCCUCCCCCUCAGUUCUGGAAGAUGUCCGCUCCAUCCCGUCGUCCCCAAGGGUAACCAGUCUUAUCCCCACUGGCCUCUUAGGAUAAUUGCUACAUUCCCUCCGCCCCGAGGGACGGCUGUCCCCUCCCUCUUGUGGUGGGAGACAGACUACCCCCUUUCAUCAACUCAUGAUCGCUGAGUUCUUUCACCUAAGACAGGCCUGCUCCCUACUCCCUCGACCCUUAGUGAUGGCCGCCCUACCUCCUUAGCCCCAUGGAGAUUUUUGCCCCUUCUCAGCCUGGAGCAAAAACACUCUGCCACCAUUGUUCAGAGAGAGAUAACAGGUGUUGUCCCAGUGGCUUAUUGGAAUGGCCUCUCCGUCCUUCUUUCCCGGAGAGGCUGCUGCCCUCAGGAAACAGGGCACGCUUUCUCCAUGGGCCCUGGAAUGGCAGCCUUUCCCCUUACCAAAAAUAGGGCUGCUCCCACCCCGUUGAGCCCCCUGCCAUUGCAUCUUUUCUCCCCUUGGUCCCAGAAGAUUUCUGCUUCAUCCCCAUAGAUCCCAGGAAUGAACCACUCAUAGCUCUAGUAGUCCCUUGGGAUGGGGUUCAUGGGAUGGCCACUCCAUCCUUAUUACUGCCUUCUCUGGUCCUUCUAGAAAGGCUACCCACCUUCUACCUUCUCAGCUUCAAGAAUGGUGCUCCCUACCCUCAGUGAAGACAGGUUUUUUGUUCCCUUCCUUUGCUCCUUGAGUUGGUUGCUGAGGCCCAAAAGACAGGAUAGCCAGUCUGUUAUCUCCACUUAGACAGGCUUUCCUGCCUCCUCCUGGGUUUGGGGGCUUGGUCAGUCUGAGUCCCCAUCAGUGUUCUCUUCCCCAUGUCUAGCCUCCCUGACCCAGAAGGCUGUUCCCUCCAGUCAUUCUCUCAGUAAUUGAUCUGCUUUAUCUCCCCACUCCUUCCCUGAGCAAACCUUUGGUGAAAAUAGAGGUAGAGGACCGUCCAUCCUUAAUUCAAUCCAGUUAAGUACUGAUGGAACACCUUCUGUAUGCUAGGGAUGAAAAAAGAGAAGAGAUCAGAAUGGGCCAGUGAGGUCAAGCUUAAGAAAGAGCAUUCCAGGAAAGAGGCCCACACAGGCAAAAGGAAAUAGACAUGCUGUGUUUGCAGGACACUGGGGAGACUGGAUUAGGGAAGCUCUGGAAUCACGGGUUCAGUUGAGCAUGGAGUCCUGGCAGGGCUGACCCCAAGAGUGGAGGUUUUAUCCUGAGGGUACUGAGAUACCUUGAAGGUUUUCAUCAGGGGUAUGCUAAGAUUGAAAACUGUUUUUUAGGAAAAUUAACCUUGCUGCAGUGUGCAGAAUGGUUAGCAAGGAUGAGCUUGGAGGCAGGGAGUUCAGGUGGGAGACUGGAAGGCAUCCAGGUCUAAAAUGAUGAAAAUCCAGGCUACUACAGUGGUAAAAUUUCAAAAGUAGAAAUAUUAGUAACAGCAAUCCAGCAGUCAUUUAUGGAACACCUACUAGGUGUCAAGCACACAUCUAUUAAAUGUACAUAUAAUUUAAUUUCCAUAAGACUGUGAUCUAGAUUUUCUAAUAUCCCCAUUUUAUAGAUAUGGAAACAGGCUCAGAGAAGUUAAGUACCUUGUUUGAGGUCACACAGAUUACACAGCUAGGAAGUAAUGGAGUUGGGAUUUGAGUGAGUCUUAAGUUAGCCUGGCCUAGGGCCUGUGCUUUACACCUAUAUCUGAGAGCAAGGGACAGAAGAGCCCAAAGGGUACAAAGUAUUAUUAAGAUCUUCAGGUAAGAUGCACUGCUGGCAUUAAAACUCGGGUGCUAGAAAAUUGGGAAGAUGGGCUGCUUUGGACUGAGGGCAAAAUAUAGAUUUUAGUUGAGAUGAAGAUGAUCGUAAAAUAUUUAGACGAAGCUUCCUGUGGAUAUUUGGCAACACUGGACUAGCACAUGAAUAAGACAAUAUGGGGAUAUUGAAUGUUGGUUACUCCUUAGAGGUAACUGUUCAAGCCAUGCAAAUGAAUAUUAUCCUAGGAAGUAAACAGAUUGAAAGACCCAGGUCCAAGUCCUGGGAGCCACAUAAGAAUCCAGAAACGGCAAUUGGAGUGGUGGUUGGAGCCCUAGAAAGCACAGUGUCACAAGAGUCAAGGAGAGAAGGUUCCAGAAGAAGAGUUAAUAUCAGAUCAUUCCUAGGCUCAGACAACUCCCUUCUCAGUACCCUAUAGGGCCUCCAACCUCAACCCUCCCCCACCUCACCCCCACCCCCAUAAAGCAUAGGAGGAGCGAGGGCCUAAGCCUCCCGGGCUGGUUUUGCUGGGAUCAUAUCUUACCAGCUGAGAAGGCAAGUUGGCAGUGGAGGAGAUGGGAAAAGGGUGGAUUCCCAGAGCCUGACCUAUGAGAGCAAAAGGAAGAGAUAUAGCUUCCUGAAUUUGGGGGGUCCAGCACCUACCUGUCUUACUGUGUUCUAGAUCCUAUGCAAGACAUGUUACUAUGUUAUUUAAGUCUCACAAUAACACAUUUAAAUCUCACUACAAUUGCCAUUUUAUGGAUAAGGAAAACAAGGUUCAGAGAGGUCAGUUGAUAAAGAAUUUGAAUUACAUUUAUCUGGUCCCUAUAUCCAGGCUCUUUUUACCAAACUGAGCAGGAAGUUUGAUUUUUAUCAAUCAAUACAAACCUGCAUCCAGAUAGUGCUCAGGAAAGAUUUGUUCACCAUAGAUACUUGGAGGCUGGAGAGGGGAAGUGAAGACACCAUGAAGCUUAGGAUCCGAGAUGAACUAGAAGCCAAUGCUCUAGUCCCCUCAGACCUACAGUGCUAUCAGCUGGAGAAAGUUCCAAAGGCCCUCAGGUCUAACAGUGCCCCAUGCCCUGUCUUUUUCCCUCAGAUGCUUACAUAUAUUCUGAGCUUCCUGCCUCUCUCAGAUCAGAAAGAGGCCUCCCUCGUGAGUCGGGCUUGGUACCGUGCAGCCCAGAAUGCCCUUCGGGAGACAAAUGUGCGGUACAAGAUCCCUGUGUCUUCAGCCUCACUCCCAGGCAUCAAGAGCCUGGGCCUCAGGGGCAUCUCCUGCAUCGGCCUGACCAACCUGGAUGGCUCGCCAGCUUCACAUCAGGUGCUGCAGUCUGUUGCUUACCACCUGGGCCCACACCUGCAGAGCUUAUGCCUUGGUGGGGGCAGCCCCACAGAGGCCUCUUUCGUGGCCCUAAUCUUGGGCUGUCCAGCCCUGCGUAGCCUGGAUCUCAGUGGCUGCAACAGCCUCUUCGUAUCUGGCAUGCUGCUAGCUCAGCCAGAGACAGCACAGCGGGUCCAGCAGGCACUGAGUGGCCUUCGUGAGCUCAACCUGGCUGGCCUGCAGAACUUGGCUGACCUUAGUUUCAACCGUCUCAGCAGCUGUGCCCCAUACCUGGAGCGCCUCUCUUUGGCCUACUGUCACCUCACCUUCGAGCUAGGCCCAGCCCAGGGCUCCAGAGUCCCCCAGGAAUCCUCCCCGUCCCAAUUCUCCUUCCGCAACCUGCUGCGAUUUGUGAAGGAGCGGGCUAGUAGGCUUCAUGCCCUGGACCUGAGUGGCACUGGCUUGCUACCUGAGGCCCUGCAGGCCCUGGGCCAGGUGGCGGGGCUACAGCUGCAGGAGCUGAGCCUGCACAGCUGCCGGGACCUCUCCACAGAGGCCGUGGCUGCUCUCUGCCACCAGCAACCAGGCCUUACCUUUUUGGACCUUAGCGGCUGCUCCGAACUGACUGACGGAGCACUCUUGGCUGUGAGCCGGGGCCUGCAACACCUGCAGCACCUUAACCUGAGGAAAUUGCAGCGGCUGACAGAUGCAGGAUGUACAGCCCUGGGGGGCCUGUGGGAGCUGCAGAGCCUCGACAUGGCAGAGUGCUGCUUGGUGAGCGGGCGGGAAUUGGCCCUGGCUCUGGGCUCUGUGCAUGGAACUCCACCCCCACUGACCUCCCUCAGCCUGGCCUACUGUUCCUCACUCAAGGAUGCCUCAGUGUUCUCCCUGAUUCCAGUACUGGGCCCAAGCCUCAGGGUGCUAGACUUAUCCUCCUGUGUGGCCCUCACCAACCGGACCCUGCAGGCCAUUUGCACCUACCUCACCCAACUCUCAGUCCUGCGCCUGGCCUGGUGCAAGGAGCUCCAGGACUGGGGGCUUCUGGGUCUUGGGGAACCAAGUGAGGAGCCAGUGCAGGGCUCCCAGCCACACCAAAAGCUGGAGCAUCAGGCCUCAGGCCCCAAGGACCCUUCUUCCCAGCCACAGGGCCCCUCCCUGCUCAUGUUGCAGGCCCUGCAAGAGUUGGACCUCACAGCCUGCAGCAAGCUGACUGAUACCAGUUUGGCAAAGGUGCUCCAGUUCCCCCAGCUGAGACAAUUGUCACUGAGCCUGUUGCCAGCACUCACAAAUAAGGGUUUGGUGGCUGUGGCCAAGGGCUGCCCUAGCCUGGAGCGCUUGGCACUGAGUCACUGCAGCCUCCUCAGUGAUGAGGGCUGGGCUCAGGCAGCCCGCUGCUGGCCAAGGCUGCAGUACCUCAACCUGUUAAGCUGCAGUCAGCUCACAGAGCAAACGCUGGAUACCAUUGGGCAGGCAUGCAAGCAGAUCCAGAUGUUAGAUGUCGCCAUGUGCUCUGGUAUUAGCAUGGCUGCCGUCAGGCGAUUCCAAGCCCAACUGCCCCAGGUGACCUGCAUCCAGUCCCGCUUCGUAGGAGGGGCAGACCUGACCCUAACACUCUGAGGCCAGGUCAGUAAGCAACCCCAUGUCCCAGCCCAGGCUUUUUGACCUGGAGUUUGACUCGGUGCCUCCUGUUUCUCUCUGCUACAAACCCCAGAGCCUCUUCCCCAAGCUGUAAACUUUUCUAAGACAGGAGAGGGGCUAAUCCAAAGCAUCCUGGGGUAUGCCCCAUAGCCAAUCAGGAGCCUCUUCCCAGGUACACAGUCCCUGGAAAUGUCAGCUCCUGCUCUCCUGGCCAAACCUGGGUCCAGCGGGCCCAGGCCCACAGGUGGCUGGGUCUGGUGAUGGGAAGGAACAGCCCUUGAGCUUCUUGCCCUACCCACUUCUGACAUCUAAGGCCUGUGCCCCACCUUGUUCUACAGGCACUCCACCAGCCCCGUACCAGCAUUGAGCUGUAGGAGCCUAGCCACCAUCUUUGUUGUAAACCCAAACAAGAUUAAAAAUUCCAGAUUUUACCUCCUUAUCUGAAGUUCUCAGACUGGAGGUCUCCUCCUCGCUCUACCUCAGUUGAAGCAGCCCAGCCCAAGGAUGAUGGAGGAAACACCAGAGACUUCUUCCUCCUCAGGCCUGACCCGAAUCUCCACAUGUGCCCCCAGCAGAUCCCAGCUUCUUCCCCACAUGGUAGGAGACUCCAGAAGCCUGGAUGCCUUUCCCAGCAUGAGUCCCCAGGCAGGUCCUCCAACAAAGACACAUUUGUGUGCAUUUGGCCUAGCCAGACCCCAGGAACACAUAAUUAACAAAUCGGAAUCCCUGAGGAGGGAAAAAAAAAAAAAGAUAGCAUCUCUGGGUAGAAAGGAUCGCUAUAAUGAGGUCAUUUAGUCCAAGCUCUUAAACAGUGCCAGUGACUUCUCAGCAACAGCUCUGAGAAAGUCUGUCUGCUGGGCCCUCGAUGCAUCCACCCACACUUUGUCCAUCUGUCUGUUCAUCAGUUCUAGGAGCAGCCAAACCAGGCUACCUAAGCAUCUGCAAGCACUGUGCUGUGUGUGGGUAUUCAUUGGUGAUGAAGCUCCUCUAGCCCCCAGGCCAGUUGGGGAGACAAAUUAGCCAAGAGACAGAUACAGCCCCAGUGUGCAGGGUGUAUACAAGUAGAGAAAGAAGAACCUGGAUCAAAGAGCCCAGGGGAGCAAUGAACUUAGCCUGGGAGGUAAAGGAAAGACUCAAGGCAGUUAAAAAAAUUAGAAGAGAGAAGGAGCCAGAAGGGACUGAGGUGCAAAUGGCAGGUCAGAGCUGUGCUGGGGGCGGGGGAGGGCAGUGAGCAGUGGGGAAGGUUCAGGCCCCAACAGUGUGCAGGGAGAAUGCCAGCAUGGAUCAAGCACCUAGAGCCCUGCAAGUCACAGGCAUUCUGUUGGAAGGGCUAAACCAUGUCUGCAACCCAUCUCAACUCUGCUCAUCAUGUUACCAUGACCUUUAUCUCCUGGACAAUAGGGAUACACUGAAUACAGGGUGGGGAUGGUGUGUGUUGAGUGUGUGAUCAGAUCAGCUUCACAUUUGAGAAAGCAACUGGAGUAGCUGGUAUCGAGGACUUGGGGGGAGCAAAACUGGAGACUGGAAGUCAGGAGGUUCUUGUCAAGAUAAUGGUGGCCUGCAAAAGGGACUGGAGCAUUGAGAAGGAAUACUGGGAGACUUAAAUAUAUCUGGGAUCCCUGCCCCCAUUUCCAACUUGGAUUUAAUAGCAGACUAUUCCAAGUGUGGGAAGUCUCUGGGCCCUGGCUCUGAGUCAGAAGCAUGGCUGAGGGAGGGGAAGUUCAGCACAUUCUACAAAGGAGAUGUCAUUUCAUCACUUUUCAAGGUAACAUGUUGAUGGUUAACACUGUUAAAAAAGAUAUUUGAAGAGGUGUUGGAAAGAGGUAGUGAGAGGCAUGGAAAAGGAGGUCAGAGGGUAGUGGCAGCUGUCCUGUGAGUCCAGUGGGUGGGUGUGCUCUUCUGCCUCAGAGGCUUGCGUCUAUGACCAUAGCCUCUGACAGUGAUCUCCAUCUGGGUCCAACAGCCCUAGCCGAUUCUGUCCCCAGGUGCUCUGGCCUAUCUGUGCCUCCACCCACCCUCCUGCAGUGGGUUUUAAUCAGAAUGCAAACUUCAUUGAAUUCCCUCUUGUUAGAAUCAGCUCAUAACCUCCUACCACCUGGAGACAUCUGAAAUCUCGAGGCUGUCCUUCAGCACAAAGCAGACUCAGCUUCCUGUCUCAACUUUCCUGUCUUUCACCAGAGGGCUUCCGAAUUCCUCAAAGGACAAGGGGCAGGCCAAGCAGCGUUGAGGAUUUAGCUCAGACUAUCAGGAGCCUUCUAGAAGCAUGGCUCCCAGACUAAGCCCCUCUUAAUGCUGCCCAAGAAGGUGUCCACUUGGGGCAAUGCUUCCUGCCCUGCCAUCUCUCCGUCACCAGGCUGGCAGCCCCAGCACUUCCUUGGCUGGUACCCCCAAAACAUAGGCCAUCCCUCUCUGCAGGCCCAGCACUGAGGGAGUCUGAGGGCUCAUCCUGGGGAAGGACAACAGGGCCG